CAGGGUGGAGGCUCCCCACCUCCCUCCCGCGCCGAAAUUCCGCUUCUGCCCGAGGCCCCACCACCUGCCCCGCCACGUCGCGGGGGCGGAACCGUCGUUCCGCGUACCUCCCGUUUUUAGGAGGCGAUUCCCCGCUUCGGUGCCCACCACAAAGCUGACCUGCGGAGGCGCGAGGACGACGAAAGGGACCGAGCGGGAGCCGCGCGCUGCACCGACCAAACCCUAGGCGUUCGGCGGGCGCCACCGCGGCGGCGAAGACGGGGGCCUCGCGUCGCCUUGGUGUCCCCGGUGUCGUCGACGGUGCAGCUCGAUCCCGGCUCGGCAGGCAUGUCGAAGAGGGUCCCUUGCAAAUUCUUCUUGCAUGGAGCUUGCUUCAAAGGAGAUUACUGUGAAUUCUCCCAUGACUGCAAUGAUCGACCAGAUAAUGUUUGCACAUUUUACCAGAAAGGUGCAUGCUCCUUUGGUAGCCGUUGCAGAAAUGAACAUGUUGAAGUUCGUCGGAACCGCCCCCAACCAGCAACCACUGCAGCACGUGUAUCCUCCAAUUCUUCUCAGCUAGUCACUUCUUCUGGAGGUCCUCAUUGCAGUGAAUGCCAAACGGAUCAAUGUGACCAAACGCAACAGAUAUGCAAGUCUACGACAGCACUUUCUGCACCAGAACCUGCAUGGGCAGAUGAUUAUCAUGAACAUGACACUCCGGAGGAUGCCAGCAGCUCGUCGUCCUACCAAACUGUGGAAAACCAAACAUCUCAACAUCCUGCUCAUAUGCCAAUCUCCUCUUCUGCUGCUGCUGGCACUUGCCCUUAUGGGAAAGACUGUUCUCAGAUGCAUGGAGAUCUAUGCACAUUCUGUGAAAAACAAUGCUUGCAUCCUCAUCGUCCUGAUGAAAGUGGUCUGCAUGUCGAGCUAUGCAAGAAAAACAACAGACUUCUUGAGGCCUUGAGAAAAAGUGAAGACAUUGAGUGUGGUGUGUGCUUGGACCGUGUGCUCUCAAAACCUACGGCAAAGGAAAGGAGGUUUGGGCUGCUGUCUGACUGUGACCAUUCCUUCUGUAUAUCAUGCAUUAGAAAUUGGCGUAGCACCUCUCCUACAUCUGGCAUGGAUGUCAACUCUACACUCAGGGCUUGUCCAAUAUGCCGCAAACUGUCAUACUAUGUAGUUCCUAGCACUACAUGGUACUCCUCAAAGGAAGGAAAACAGGAAAUCGUUGAAGGCUACAAGGCUAAGCUCAGGUCUAUUGAUUGUAAGCACUUUGACUUCGGAAAGGGCACUUGUCCCUUUGGGAGCAGCUGUUUUUACAAGCAUGCCUACAGAGAUGGCCGUUUGGAAGAGGCUUUACUGAAUCACAAUGACGCUGACGGUGCAAGUGCAGCGAUUGCCAGACUUAUGAGGUUGUCGUACCUACUGACUCGGCUGCAUGUCUAGGGAAAACCCGAUCGUUAUUACCUCACGUACACGCCUCGCGUAGUAUCUUUCACCAAACAGGCUGAGUUGAUUGGAGUGAGUUAUUUGACCAGGCAGGCAUUCCUGGAUUUGGUUUUGUACUGAAUAUUUCAAACAUCCAGAAAAGAGGGCGGUCAUUUCUGAAUUUUAUCUU